AUGCGAGGUCCUAGGUGGAACCGGGCCUUGACAGACCCUUUGUUCGUGCUGCUCUUGGCUCUCCAGCUGCUGGUGGUGGCAGGGCUAGUGCGCGCUCAGACGUGCCCCUCUGUCUGCUCUUGUAGCAACCAGUUCAGCAAAGUCAUCUGCACUCGCCGAGGCUUGCGGGAAGUCCCUGAUGGCAUUUCCACCAACACACGCUACCUGAAUCUGCAAGAAAAUCUCAUUCAGGUCAUAAAAGUGGACAGCUUCAAGCACCUUAGACAUCUGGAGAUUCUCCAGCUAAGCAAAAAUCACAUACGGAAAAUUGAGCUGGGAGCAUUCAAUGGACUGGCAAAUCUCAACACCCUGGAACUCUUUGAUAACCGCCUCACCACAAUCCCAAACGGGGCGUUUGAAUAUCUUUCCAAGCUAAAAGAACUUUGGCUGAGGAAUAAUCCCAUUGAGAGCAUUCCCUCCUAUGCUUUCAACCGUGUUCCCUCACUACGACGCCUGGACCUUGGAGAGCUCAAACGUCUCUCCUACAUAUCUGAAGGAGCUUUCGAAGGGCUAAGCAAUUUGAGUAGCUUCAGCUAUUUCACCACAGUGACAGUGGAAACCAUCGAAUCUCCUCAUCAAGAAGGUGUCACUACAACCGUGCAUCAAAGAGUUGGCCCUACUGCAUCUGCUGGUAUGUGGGAAACCGUGUCCCCGACUUCAACCACCACCACAACGGUCCGGACACCCAUGUCAACACGCGUUACUGAGAGAACCUACACUAUCCCUGUCACAGAUAUUGACGGUGCCCUGAACGGACUGGACGAGGUCAUGAAGACAACCAAGAUCAUCAUCGGGUGUUUCGUGGCUAUUACGCUUAUGGCAGCCGUCAUGCUAAUCAUUUUCUACAAAAUGAGGAAGCAGCACCACCACCAGAAUCACCACGCCCCGACGCGAACCAUUGAGAUCAUAAACGUUGACGAGGACUGCGUAACAGGAGGCCCCGGUAUGGAGGGUCACCUGACAUUGCCGCCUCUGGAACAUGAGCACCUAAACCAUUACAACACAUACAAGACUGCAUACAACCACGCCACCCUCAAUUCUAUACACAGCUCUGCGCACGAACCUUUGCUAAUCCGAGCCAGUUCAAAAGACAAUGUUCAAGAGACCCAGAUCUAA